UUACUUUUCAACGGGCGUUCCCAACAAGAUUUUGUGCUUGGGGGCUUUGCAGUUCUUAAAUCUGAUUCAGAUGAUUUACGCCCAGCACUUGGCCCAAAGCGCAUGCGCGGAAUCGUCGGCCUUGGGCGGUCAUCGUCGAUGACGCAAGUGCACACCCAAUUCGUCUUUAAUGUCUUUACGGCGCUACAGGCCUGCGAUCUACUCAGACUUUUAGUGCGAUUUUGUAUUCAGAAAGCGCAGGGCUCUGCGAAAUUAAAUGGUUUUAUGGACAACGAAUGUGUUUCUCGUCUCAUGUUCGUGCGUAGAAAAAUGCUCAAUGACAUCUCUCGCCAUCAGCAAAGACUCGUCAACGCCACGUCAACCCGACACGCGAGUGGUCUGAACAGGAAGAGGCGUCUCCGGCGACUCCGCGGCGUAUUGCCCUCUGAGGAGGCGAAGAAGCGGCGGCAAAAAGGCGGGCGGCGGCGGCGGCAACGCGAGGUUCCCGCCCGCGGGCACCGCCAGCAGGUGGUGCCGCCCGGCGCA